AUGUCGUUGCACAUUUAUAUUGCUCACACCGGUGAGCAUUUACUAGCUGAUCCGGUUGCCUUUGCCUCCCCAGAUGCACUCAAAGUAUGGAUCGUCCGAAGUACGUCGAUUCCACCUGCUAGGCAGAUCUUGAUGACUGCCCGUGGCAAGAAUGUCAAGACCCAGACCUUAGCCACCGAGUCCGAGAUAUUUGUCUAUGACCGACAAUACGUGAGCGAGCCUGGCGAGAUCGAGCUCCCGGAGCUACCUCCGCCCGCACCGUUUCAACCGAGUAACCCUCCGGCGUCCCUCACAAACCAGAACGACCUGCAAGCAUGGCGGGACCUCUUCAUGACAAGACGGAGCUGGGCUCUCGAAUUUUCUAGCCGUUGUGGGAACACCAACAAGAGCAUACAGGAGCACAACGAGCGAACUGAUGUCAUCAAUCGCGCAGUUGGCGUCGCCCUCGAGAACCUGAAAUCCCACGUGGGCACCCUUGAACAUCGGUUCCAAGAGACGCAAGAGUGGGCGAACAACCUUUUGGAAGAGCAGCAGUCCGCCCUGGAUGGUUGGCAAGCGGCUCUGGAGACGUUGGAGAAGAUCCCGGCCCGGAAAGACUCCCCUCUCAUCGGCCGCCCAUCCACACCAAAGAUGGACAAUGACCGGCCAACUGGGACCCUUCGUGAUUUUGUCGAUGUCAAUGAGGUCCAGCGAGCUGGAUUGGAGGCUGCGUCUGUAUCCCCACGCUUUGCUGGGCAGGUCCAGGAUAUCGAGAACAUUGUCAGCGGCAUUGCAUCGGACACUCAACAACUGGUUGACGAGGUAAUAACGUCACCCGGUGAAGGGGAUGAGAGCUUACUUGAGGAGGUUGAAACGAUUUCAAAGAAGAUUGGCUCCGACUAUGAACAUGUCCUCAGCCUUCCAAACAACCAAAAGAUGCUCGCAAAUGUCUCUAGGCUUGCCCUCAACCAUACUCAAAACCUUCUUCCGUCACUGCUAGAACUCGGCGCAGAGAUGCAGCAAGCCUUGGAACAGGCUGUGUGGCGCCGCGGCGCCGCAGAAAAGACGGCUCUCCAGCACAUGCGCACGAUCUCCAUUAUCACAUCGCGAUUGGCCGAUGCUCACACUCGGCUGGUCAAAUUAGAUGUGGAUAGCAAUGCAUUCGAUAUCAUAUACAGUGUCUUCCAGAUGCCGAUGCUUUAUGGGUCUAUUCUAAUCGAGUCGGUGCGACGGCGUGAAUGGAGUGACAAAAUCAAGACCGACUCCCUGACCUUGGCAGAGGAGAUGGCUGUAUUGAAAGAUGAGGAACAGCGUCGCCGGAAAAAGUGGCUGAAAACCAUGGGAGAUGUUAUUUCAUCUGCAGAUUCCUCUGCUCCGGGGAUCGAAAUUAACCUACAAGGGCAAGACGAUGAAUGGCCCGAAGUGAACCGACAAGAAAUCGAAGCCUAUAUUGAAGAUCUACGAUCAAAGCAUGCCUUGAAUAACAUUGCGGAGGACUUAUCUCGGCAAUUCAAGGAAUUGACGCCCCCACUCGUCAGCAAAGACGACGUGCGAAAGCAUUUAAAAACGGCAGUGAGUCUCCAAGAGGAGAAAACGAAAUUGGAAGAUAGGCUCAAAGGAUCGGAUAGCCGGAUUCGCAAGUUGGAGGAUCUGCUUCAUCGCCAAAGCCAUCUCAGUCGCCCGUCCAGUGGCAAUUUCGGCUCUGAAUUUCCCAAUCCUCCGGGAUCUCCACACCCGGAUACUCUAUCAAGACGCUCCUCAGUCUCAUCCAGACGUGUUUCCAUGACCCAGUCCCCAGAGGAUAGGGCACUCGUCCAACGCAUCGUCACCCUCGAGGCAGAGCUGGCAGCAGAGAAAGAGAACGUUCAGAGACUCCACAAAGAAGCUCACGCUGAGCGUCAAACCAGCUCUGACAAAUACCAAGAAGCUCAAUCUACAAAGAAAGAUCUUAUUGGGAACCUUGAAGCACGCCAGCGUGAGUUUGAGGAUGAACGCAGAUAUCUCGAGGCGGAGGUGAAAAAGUUCAGACUUCGCAACGAAGAGGUCGAGGAGGAACUCGACAGACUCAUGGACGGUCGUGACCAUGAGAAGCAAGAAACAGAAGAACGCAUUCACCAACUCGAGGCUGAUCUGGAGGGUGCUCAAGCUAUCUCUGCCGAGGAUGCGCGUAGAGUGGAUGAUUUGAAUGAACGCAUCCAAUCUCAUGAAAAUAAGGAGCGCGAGCUUGAGACGAAGGUCAACGAACUUGAGAAACAGCAAAGCAUCUGGAAUCAGAAAGAUCAGGAAAACUACAACUCUCUUCAGGCAGCCUUCAUGAGCUUGUCUCCGGGGGGUGCUGUGCCUGAGGAUAUUCCCAGCGUUAUCAAAGCCAUUGAGGUGCUUUCCGAAGGUCUCUCAAUCCAUGCUAGGAAUACCGAGGACAUCGCGUCCAAGACGCUGGCCGAGAACAAAACCCUUGAUGAGCGAGUCAAACAACUCGAGUUUGAAGCAGAGGAACACGCUAAGAAGUCCGAGGAACGUGAAGCUGAACUGGCUCGCCUGAACCAAGAGCUUCUGCGCACCCAAACAAGGUUCAACGACGCAAGAGCCGAGCUUGAACACGAACGUUCGAAGCUGAACUCCUUGCAGUCACAAUCGCCAGUAGGGAAGAGCGGUCUUGAGGGAGAUCAAAGGCACGCAGACCUUUCGCAAAACCUGGUUGAUACCGAGUCUCAGGCAAAGACCUUCCAGGAGAAAGAAACCGAGUGGGAAAAGAGGUUCGAAGCACUCUCGCAGGCAGAGCGGCAGGCUAUGGCUCGCUGCGAGGCUAGAGGCGCCAAGUCUCACGACCUUUCUAGGCAAAUUCACUGGCAGAUUGAGAAGCUAGAAUGGGUACUUGAGCAGCUCGGUUUCGCGAUCAUCCAGCAAGAUGGCCGCAUUGUUGUCCAACGAGCUUCUAAGGUCAAUGCCAUGUCUGGCCUUGGGGAAAGUCUAGCCCAGUCUGGCAUUGUUUCUGUUUCUGUGAAACCCGAUAACUCGCUGCUCGGUUGGAUGCAAGCCGAGACUUUAGAAGAGGAAGAGGCCAAAUUCUCCACUUUCAUUGACGGCUUGGCUAAAUUCGAUGUCUCCAUCUUCGGAGACGCAGUCAUCAAACGGAUGAAAGACAUUGAAACUCUUGCCCGAAAAUGGUCGAAAGAGGCAAAAACAUACAAACCUUACCGCGACAAGUAUCAUAGGGUCCAGAGCGAAGCUCAUGAAAAGAUUGCCUACCGUUCCUUCAAGGAGGGAGACCUGGCAUUGUUCCUGCCAACUCGCAACCAAGCCAUCCGUUCUUGGGCUGCUUUCAAUGUCGGUGCACCGCAUUACUUCCUGCGCGAGCAAGAUACACACAAGCUCCAAGCACGAGACUGGCUUCUUGCUCGUAUCAACAAGAUUGAGGAGCGUGUGGUUGAUCUCUCAAGAUCAUUGAAUGGCGUAGGUCCCGAUCGACGCUCCCUCGGCGAUGUCAGCGAUGGCGCCUCACUACUGGAAGACGAGAAUCCCUUUGAGCUUUCAGAUGGUCUUCGCUGGUACCUUAUUGAUGCGACGGAAGAAAAGCCUGGCGCGCCGGCCACUCCUGGAAUCUCGAAAAGCACCGUCGCGUCUGCAAAUGUCGACGCCAAAGGCAGUAUCCGUGUGAAACGCCCAAAUGAAGACAGCACAGUCGCCCAGACUUUGUCAAGAAGUCUGGACAGCCGCCGCGACAGUUCUAACUCCAAACGAGGCACUCCCACGCCCUCGCAAAGAGGCGCCAAUGAUUCGGCUACAGAUCUCGUUCGUGCUGAAGCCGACGCCGGCUCCCAGCCUCGAGAGGCUGAUCCGAUAUUUGACGAGGUUCGCCGCGAUCUGCUCUUCGGCCCGUGA